AUGUCUAGUUCUCCGCGACGAUGGCUCUUCGUGGUCUUUCCGAUCCUUAUAUUCUGCAUCAUAUACUACCUCUUUCGAUUGCCUGAAUCCAACCCGACAAUCGUGAACAACCCAGAACAAAUUCCUCAAGCGGGAGGAGAAACAAUUGUGGUAGGGGAGGGGACAAGUCCUCCUCUAAUUUCCCCUCCUAAAGAGGAGACAGUGGAGGAGAAAUGUGGCCAUUUACUACACGCACUCGACGAUGUCAUGGUCAUCAUCAAAACCGGUGCGACCGAAUCCCUUGAAAAGGUCCCCAUCCACCUCCGCACCACGCUGAAAUGCGUCCCGCACUUUGCCAUAUUCUCCGACUACGAAGAAACUAUCGAUGGUGUCCGCACGUAUGACGUCCUCCGCAACAUCAGCGAGGCAACAAUGAAUAAUGAACCCGAAUUCGGCAUCUACCGCCGUCUUCAAGAGGUCGGACGUGAAGGCUUGACGGACGCAGAAUGGGGCGACGACACAAACGGCCCACUAGGCAAGGUCAAUAACCCAGGAUGGAAGCUCGAUAAAUGGAAGUUCCUCCCAAUGAUCGACAAUGCACUAGAAGUCAUGCCCGAUGCCAAGUGGUACGUCUUCCUCGAAGCCGACACCUACAUGGUGUGGCCGAACCUGAUCGGCUGGCUGGCACACCUCAACCCAGAUCGACAUUACUACCUAGGAAGCCCCAUGCAAAUCGGCGAAACACUCUUCGGCUACGGCGGGGCGGGCAUUGUCCUCUCACGCUGGACGAUGAGCCUCCUGCACGAAUACCAGAUGCGGGCAAAGGAAGAUCUCGAAGCGAUGACGGCACACGAGUGGGCUGGCGACUGCGCGCUGGCGCGAGCGCUCCACGACGUGCACGUCGAUCUGGUUUGGGCCUGGCCGAUGAUGAUGACGUCACGGCCGUGGGAAAUCGACCAUUUCUCCGAGGGAUACGGGCGGCAACCGUGGUGUUACCCUGCUAUCUCAUACCACCACAUGGCGCCCAAGGAUAUCGAGAAGAUGUGGGAGUUUGACCAGGCGUUCUUUGCUAGUGGGAAGAACGCGCUCAUGCUGCAUGCAGACGUUUACCAGAAACUUGUCUACGAUGGGACUUGCUCGGCGCGCGACGAUUGGGACAACCUCUCAGGGAUCAAGAUUGAUUUUGCAGCUGGCACGAUUCCUACGUUGGAUGCUUGUGCAGAGGUCUGUGGGCACAACAACGACUGCUUACAGUAUUCGUUUAAUCACGCCGAGGGUGUUUGUAAACACGCGUCUACUACCUUUGCGGGUGUUGCUACCAAUGGCACGCAGUCUGGUUGGAUUACACCUCGUGUGAACAAACUCCUCAAGGCAUUCCAGUCUUCAUGCAAUGAGGUGCAAUAUGUAUUGGAUUGA